AUGUCGGCGCUGCCGGACGGGCGUUCUGUUUAUUUGCUGCUCUUCAGGAGGGCCCACACCUACAUUCCGCAGGGCCUCGACUGCGUCUCCAUUUCUUCUUUUUGUCUUUCUGCUGCUUCUUUGAUGGAAAGAGAAAAGACAAAUAGACAAACAGCAGCAGCUUGGGCUUCUUUGGCGAAGCCAGUUGCAUGCAGCAGCAGCAGCAGCAGCAGCAGCAGCAGCAGCAGCUUGCUGUUCCCCCGCAACGGCGCCAGGCCGCUCGCCGCCCCGCCUUCGCCCCCCCGCUCCAGCGGCAGCAGCAACCCCUGCAGCAGCAGCAGCAACAUCGGCAGCUGCAGCAGCAGCAGCAGCAGCAGCAGCAGCAGCGUGGACUCGCUGCAGCGCCUGUCUUAUAAAGCAGCAGUUAACGGCAGCAUACAGAACUGCAGCAGAGGCUCCCGCAGGGCAACAGUGCCCCCUGGAGCAGCAGCAAAUGCAGAGCGCAGCAGCAACCGCAGAUCCUUUGCUGCAGCAGCAGUUGCUGCUGCUGCUGCAGUGCACCCCAUGCGCCUCCAGCAGCAGCAGCAGCACCUGCAGCAGCAGCAGCAACUAAGGCUGAGACAAAGCGCAGCAGCAGCUGCUGCCUCCCCUUAUGAGUCUCCAGACUCAAACUUCGAAAAAAGGCUAAAUGAAUAUGGAAGCAGCAGCAACGGGCAGCAGCAGCCAGCAGCAGCAGCAGCAGCAGCAGCAGCAGCAGCGGGAAGAGCGCCUGCUAAUGGACAGCAGCUGUAUCGGGGGCUCUCGCGGCUUUCUUUAGAGGCCAGCGACAGUCCCGUUGUUGCUGCUGCAGCAAAAGCAGCAGCAGCAGCAGCAGCAGCAGCAGCAGCAGCUUACCCGGCGCAGCACAGUCGCCGCCGCCACCCCUCGCCUUACCCGUACAGCGGGGUAGAGCUGGGGAACCAAAUGCAGCAGCAGCAGCAGCAGCUGCAGCAGCAGCAGCAGCUGCAGCAGCAGCAGCUGCUGCAGCAGCAGAGAUCUGCUGCUGCUUCCCACUUCUGCCGCCCCUCUCCCCUGCAGUGGCGGCGGAGGGCCCCUUCUUCAGACCCGCAGCUGAGUCCUAGCCAGCUGGCCCUGAGGGGCUUGCAGCAGCAGCAGCAGCAGCAGCAGCAGCUGCUGCUGCUGCUUCAGCGAGAGCAGCAGCAGCAGCAGCAGCGCCUGCAGGAGCAGCAGCAGCAACUGCUGCUGCAGCAGCGCGCCUUUGGCCCUGUCGCGGCGGCGGACAGAAGCAGCAGCAGCAACAGAAGCAGCAGCUGCAGCAGCAGCAGCAGCAGCAGCAGCAGCGGGGGCCUGUCGGGUCUCUUUCCCCGGUUUGCUUCUCUCAAAAGAGCAGCAGCAGCAAAAGCAGCACAAAGAGAAGUGCUGCUGCCGCUGCCUAUACACCCCAUGCCUCUGCGAGCUGCGGUGUCUGUACACCAGGACCAAAGCAGCACGAAAGGGUCCCCGGAAAUCAAAUGA